UGACCAUCUCCUAGUGUCUUCACGUACCUGGUGAAGCCCGACUGUCGUGGUGUUGUGCACCCCGGGGUGGCCCAGCGCAGUACCAGGAUGUACCAGGAGGUGGCCUUCCUGGCCGGCAGCACCGAGCACCAGUUCAGCUCCUUCCACUUCAACCGCGUGGAGCAUCACGAGGUCGUGUCCAAGAAGGGCCUGUUCUACAAGGGAGCGCAGCUCCUUCCCACAGGACGCCCCCUGCAGGACAGCCAGCUCCUUCCCACGGCCGGCCAGCAGCUGGCUCUGGCCGACAGGGCGGCCAUCAUCAACGUGGGAGGCAUCAAGUACAGGAUCCCCUGGUCGACGCUGGAGCAGUUCCCCAUGACCCGCCUGGGGAAACUGCUCAGCUGCAGCAGCGAAGACGAGAUCAUGGACGUCUGCGACGACUACGACUGCAGCCGCAACGAGUUCUUCUUUGACCGGAGUCCGUCCGCCUUUCGUAUCAUCGUGACGUUCCUGGCGGCGGGAAAGCUGAGGCUGCUGAGGGAAAUGUGCGCCCUGUCGUUCCAGGAGGAGCUGCUGUACUGGGGGGUGGAGGAGAAUAAUCUGGAAUGGUGCUGCCUGAGGAAACUCCGGCUCCGCCAGGAGGAGCAGAAGGAGCAGCAGAGGCUGGAGGACGAGGAGCUCACCUCGCCGUCCUGCGAGGAGAGUCCUCCGUGUCCUGGACCGGAGGGGACGGGGGGGAUGGAGGGGACGGAGGGGACGGAGGACACGCCGGCCGGAGGAUGCAUGACCAGGCUCAGGGACAUGGUGGAGAACCCGCACUCCGGCCUGCCGGGGAAGAUCUUCGCCUGCUUGUCCGUGUUGUUUGUCGCCAUCACCGCCGUGACGCUGUGUGUCAGCACGAUGCCCGACCUCCGAGAAGAGGAGGAACGGGGUGAAUGCUCCUCCAGAUGCUACAACAUCUUCAUCCUGGAGAGCGUCUGCGUGGCCUGGUUCUCCCUGGAGUUCCUGCUGCGGUUCAUCCAGACGCAGAGGAAGCUCUCGUUCCUGCGGACGCCGCUGAACGUGAUCGACGUGGUCGCCAUCCUGCCGUACUACGUGUCCCUCAUCGUGGACUCGCUGGGCGGGGAGAAGUCGGGGAACAGCUACCUGGAGAAGGUGGGCCUGGUUCUCCGGGUCCUGAGGGCCCUCAGGAUCUUCUACGUGAUGCGUCUGGCCCGCCACUCGCUGGGCCUGCAGACGCUGGGCGUGACGGUGAGGAGAUGUUCCCGGGAGUUCGGUCUGCUGCUGCUGUUCCUCUGCGUGGCCAUGGCCUUGUUCUCCCCGCUGGUGUUCCUGGCCGAGAGCGAGCUGGGAGCCCGACACGAGUUCACCAGCAUCCCGGGCUCAUACUGGUGGGCCGUGAUCUCCAUGACGACGGUGGGGUACGGGGACAUGGUCCCCCGCAGCGUCCCGGGCCAGGUGGUGGCGAUGAGCAGCAUCCUGAGCGGGAUCCUGCUUAUGGCCUUCCCCGUCACCUCCAUCUUCCACACCUUCUCCCGCUCGUACCUGGAGCUGAAAGAGCAGCAGAGCCGAGCGCUGAGAACCAAGACUGACUCGCAGGACAGCACCAAGUCUCAGACCAGCGAGGACUCGGGGGAGACGGACGGCUACGCCGGCGAGGCCGCGGCGGCGACGCUGCAGCAUAGGAAGUCCACCAGAGCUCAGAGAGCUGCCGACGUUAGAGAGGCAACGCAGACGUAGUCACUACGUUUACAUGCAGUUACAAUUAUUGCACUGCAAAAACUCAAAAUCUUACCAGGAAUAUUUGUCUUAUUUCUAGUUAAAAUGUCUCAUUUUUAGUCAAAAAAUCUCAUUUUACUUAAAACAAGAGUCAUUACCAGAAAAAUAACAUGUUGUUUGACAAUUUACACCUGUUUCAAGUAAAUUUUCACUUUAAAUAAGUAGAGAAAUCUGCCAGUGGAACAAGAUUUAUCUUCUCGUUACAAGCAAAACAUUUUUUUCAAGUGAUGAGUCUUGUUUUAAGUGUAAUGAGAUUUAUUUGACUAAAAAUGAGACAUUUUAACUAGAAAUAAGACAAAUAUUCUUGUUAAGAUUUUGAGUUUUUGCAGUGUACUUUGCUCCCAUGGAAACGCAGCAGCACAGCGGUUUGUGUUUAGCAGGAACCAGGGGGACGACCAGAGCUUUAAUUGACUCAGUGAUUUCAUUGAUUAAAUCACUGUGUACAAAUUAGACAUGAGAGCAAAAACCCUCAUGAAAAUAAAAGGUUUUGGACGCAGGAUGGCCUCAGUGACGAGGUAAGAGUUCCUACCUGGACCAGAGCAGUUCCAGCAGAACCUGGAGAUUCAUCUUUAAAUGACUCUGUUGUUCUGCUGAUCAGCAGAUCCAUGAAAACACAAGAAACCUUUAACGCUUUUUAACCUAAUCCCACUCCUGUAAAAGUCUAUCCAAGUUAAACCAAGAGUAAAUGUAACGCUGUUCUGGAACCGUUUGGAGUUCAUGGAUGUUUCUGGUUUCUUUUGAAACGUAACACUCUGAAGUUUUUCACUGUAACUGCUACUAGAAUUCAGUAAUGUCAGUUUGAACAGACUGAAACAGAAGGUUUUUAUUUGUUUUGUAACCACAUGUUGCAGAUGAAUCUGUGACUUAUUAGCUGGAAAACACAAUGAGACACAGCAUGAAGCCUUAUCUAGUGCAAGUUCAUUGUUUGAUAACAAUACCACAAAAAAUGAGUAUCUCACACAUGUUUUUGUAAGAUUAUGUCUCACAAAGACUUUUAUUAGUGCCACGGCUGCGCCAAGUAGCAUGCCUCCUCCAUAGCUAUGCAAUAGCAAUGGAGGAGUAGUGCCUCUUGGCUAUUGUUAUCCUGCACGUUUAUUAUUCAUUUUCCGGACAAACUUCGGCACGUAACUAGUCCCGCAGCUUUGAGUAAACGCGAAAAGUAAAAACGUAGAAACGUGCGCCUUAAGCGGGAAUCGUGUGCUAUGACUUUUAUUAGCGAUUGGUGUGCGCGUUUUUGCGCAACGUGCAAAAACAUGCGCUUUUAGCGCCAUCCGGAACGCAUUGGGAGAACUUUGGGGCCUCACCACUCGCACACCGUUACUCAAAAAAUUCUUAACCUAUUUAGAAAGUUGUAGGCCCUGAAUUUAACUACAGUCCUGUGGAUUUUCAGAGCGAUGGCACAAAUGGUUUUUGCACGAAGUGCAAAAACAUUUCCAAAUUUCCAAACUAAUUGGGAACUAAUUUUCCCAUGUAUUUCUAUGGCCCCAUUCAAAGCGGAUGGGAAAAUGUCGAGAAAAAAGACAAAAUUCACCUUUUUUCUGAGUCACGUAUCUUUCUCAUACUUGCACGUAGAACUGUCAUUCAAACUUCAAAAUGGAAGAAAACUUCUCUUCUCUCUCCAAACCUGAAACAGUUUUUUCCUAAAAUGUACACUUUUCAAGAUAUGAGCCCUCAAGCGAGGACUGGAAAUCACUUUUUUGUCAAAUUUAGAGUGGAGCUCUCAUUUUUUAGAGUGGGAGGGACAGUAAAAAAAUGACCUUAAUUUUUAUUUGUAACUCGAGCUCACGGCCGAACCGUGAAAGCUAGACAGAUAAUUUUUGGUCAGAAUGUAGUCGUAGAUGUUGGGAUUCAUAAAAUGUUACUUUGAUAGGGGUAUGCACAAAAUCUAAACAGGGGAGGCUAAAGCGACGCCAAUUCCUGCCUCGGUCUCCAUUCACUGUAAUAUAAUCAGAAGUUUUCUUCAAAAAAAUCUCAUUUUGUUUUCGCACUGCCGUUACUAACACAUUUUAAGGAAUAUCUGAAUAAAAUUAAGAUUGUUAGAAUCUGCCGGGUUCUGUGUCUCUCACAAUGUUUUUGUUUUUCUGCUAGGAGCUAUGGUUUUCUCACAAAUCGGAGUUAUUUGAGAACUUGUCACAAGGCAAAAUCUGGGGUUUUCUCACAGCCAAACCGGAACCUUCCUCAUGUCGAGGUUCUUGUUGCCCCUAGCAACCAGAGCUCAGCUGCUGAGUCAUUGCCUGAGCCAGAGACAUUCAAUAAACGAGACAGCCCACUACGGUUCGGUUUCCUGUAUCUGUGUCACGUGACUGCCCCGCCCCUUUAGGAGACCGGAAGCAGGUCCUGCGUCUAUUGAGUCCUAUGGGAAAAGUGAACGUGAGCACAGAUUAUUACCAAUUCCUUCGCCCCAUAGUAACCUAAGUAAAUAUGGGACCCAUUUUUCAAAAGCCACAAACCUUCUGAACAUUCUGACACCAAAAUGGAAAUUUUCAGACCGACAGAUUAGGAGAAAAUGAACUUUGUUUGAGACCUGUCUCUGUCUGAGCAACACACUCUCGCCAGAUUUGGCUCUCAUCGUUUUCCCAUCGGAUAAAAUUAAGUUUAAAACUAAAAUAAAACUUGUUUCUUUUCUUAAUAAUACUGUUAUUUUUAUUAUUUAAGUAUUUUUGGAAGAAAGUUGUACUGUAUCUAGUGUUGUAUGUUCCAAAACGAUGUGGGGAGAGGGGCGGCCACGCCCACUUAGGAGACAGGAAGUGAGGUCAGAGGGGCGGCCACGCCCACUUGGGAGACAGGAAGUGAGGUCAGAGGGGCGACCACGCCCACUCAGGAGACAGGAAGUGUAUACCAUUUCAUACCAUUGGCAGUAACGGUAAAGCGCUAUCUUCUGUAUAGAGGAUCUUUGCUUCAUAUACUUAACCUGGAAAAUGGAGAAAUCUGGACACUGACCUUUUGACCUUAGAUGAUAACCAGUCCUG